AUGGCCGCAAUGUUCCAGGAGGCCGUAGUUUCCACAGUUUUGCACAUUCAACAUCUCUGUGCUGAUAAACCACGGGUUGGAGCGUCUCAGGAUGGACCUGGAGAUACUGCAGCUGAUAUGAAUUUGUCCGGCUCAAAGCUUAAAUCUUCGGAUUCAAAGCCCGUCAAGUUCAGUUUGUCAAAUCGGUCGUCUUCGAGUUUCACUCACUACGCAGUGCGCAUCCCGUCACAGGCAGAGUGA